CACACACACACACACAGUUCUUUGACGAGGCGCAGCAAAGCUUACGACGCCAUGGCGGUCAGCUCGAGGACGGAGGUCUGCGUGCUAGCGGUGCUCGUGGCGCUCUGCAUUGCCGCGCGGACGGCGGUGGUGGCCGGGGGCAUUAUCGAGGACGGGCUAGAGCUUGACUGGGGACAGGGGAACGUUUCGAAGGACGGCCAGGUCAUCUCGCUGUACCUCGACCGGGACUCCGGCGGCUCGGGCCUCCGGUCCAGAGACACGUACCUGUACGCGCGCACCGACCUGCAGAUCAAGCUCGUCCCCAACAACUCCGCCGGCACCGUCACCACCUUCUUCUUCCUGUCGGAGGGGCCAUGGGAGAUACACGACGAGAUCGACCUGGAGUUCCUGGGCAACGUGAGCGGGCAGCCCUACACGCUCCACACCAACAUCUUCGCCAACGGCACCGGCCAGAAGGAGGAGCAGUUCCGCCUCUGGUUCGACCCCGCCACGGACUUCCACACCUACUCCAUCGUCUGGACACCCAAGCACAUUCUCGUGCUGGUGGACGGCACGCCGAUCCGGGAGUUCAGGAACCACGCGAAGAAGGGCGUGGCGUACCCGUACCCGUCGUCACAGCGGAUGCGGCUGUUCGGGAGCCUGUGGAACGCUGACGACUGGGCCACGCAGGGCGGCCGCGUCAAGACGGACUGGUCGGCGGCGCCGUUCCUCGCGCAGUACCGCAACUUCAAGGCGACCACGUCGUCGCCGGGCGGGUACGGCUACUACGACGACAAGGAGUUGGAUGGGACGGCCAAGAAGAAGAUGGAGCGGGUGCGUGAGGAAUACAUGAUCUACAACUACUGCACGGACACCAAGAGGUUCCCCAACGGCGUGCCACCGGAGUGCUCCAUGAAAUAGAAAUCCAGUUAAUUAAGCGCCUUCAGUGCAGACUGCAGAGUCGGUCACCUGCCUCAGCAGAGCGGAGAGCACCAGGGAGAAGGCAGCGUACACACACACAUGCUAGCAUACGCUGCCCUCAUUUCCCCUCACGAUUUAUUCAUUCUUUUAUGUAAAAAAGAGAUAGUAAAUAACAAUAUACACACGCAUAUGCUUAUACUCUA